AUGUCUGAACUCGAUAAAAGUGCCAUUUCCAUAGACCAGGCGUACCAGGACGGCCUCAGCGAAGUCCAGCCAAAGCUCAUUGGCACUGAGAACUUCUCGUUAUGGAAAAACAACCUUUUCAUGGAGAUCCACUACCAGUACCCAUAUGUGUGGAAAUUGAUCAACGACGGUGACGAAGCGGUGAAAAGUCAGGUUGAGGACUUUGAAAAGGUGAAAAAGGAGGCAAAUGAGGUCCUUGAUGCCAGAGUGAAGAGCGGCAUUGACGACUCUCUCAAGGACCAGGAACCGUUCAAGAGCACUACUAUCACUACAGAUAACUUCUCGAAGGAGAUUGACGAUAGGUUCAGUGAUGCCACGCCUGAAAACAGAGCCAAGGCGUUGAUCUACUGGUUUUCUGCUAUGACAGGCAAAACCAGAAAGGUUGAAUCGCCUGCUCAGGAUAUGAUGCUGAAGUUCGUCUUGCUCGUGGACGAUUUCGAGGAGCUUCUCUUGGAGGUGUAUUUCCACUAUGAGAUUCCUUUUGAUGAUUUUGUUAAGAUGUUGACGGAAGGCCUGAAACUCCAUGCUAAGCAGAAAGAUGCCUCGUACAUUUCACAAGAAAUGGUGAUUGAGUUCGAGAAAACACACACUUUAAAGAAACGGUCCACGCCAAUCAAGGCAGCUCGCUGGGUCGCUCCAUCUACAGCCUACGGCAACCCGGGCGAUCCAAUCAACUACAUGUCCCACAGCAGAAUCCUUUUUGAAGAAAACGCUGUGGAUAACUUGGGCGACUACGAGCCAAAGCCAGACAGAAAAUACAGACUCAACUUCAAUGACGAAGGCGUCGAAAAAUAA